AUGACGUAUAUAAUCGCAUACAAGGGAAAUGUCGUGCACUCGGUAACAUUAGGUGAGCUGGAAGUGCUCCAGCCUGGACUUGUGGGUGUUAAUGAGCAUGGCGUGAUUGUAUUUGUCCGAAAUCUGGACCUAUGGCCUCUUGAUACACAUCGAUUUGACGAAUUAGUGGACCUAGGAGACCACCUCUUGAUUCCUGGAUUCAUAGAUGGCCACACACACGCAUCUCAAUAUUCAUUCGUUGGCGUCGGUAUGCACGUGCCAUUGCUUCAAUGGUUAGAGACGUACACAUUUCCUUACGAGUCGAAAUUUCAAAGUCGAGACUAUGCUCGAGAUGUCUAUGAGAAAGCGGUUCGUCGUCACCUUCAUAAUGGUACAACCACUUGUUCCUACUUUGCUACAAUUCAUCUGGAGGCGUGCAAGGUGCUGACAGAUAUUGUAGAGGAAAUGGGGCAACGAGGGUACAUUGGAAAGGUCAAUAUGGACCGUAAUGGAACCUCUGAAUUACAAGAGGACACGCAGAGUUCCGUCAAUGAAACACGAGAGUUUGUGCAAUACGUAAAUAACAAAAAGAGUGAAUUGUUGACACCUGUUAUCACGCCACGAUUUGUCCCGACUUGUUCUUCCGAGCUAAUGCGAGCUUUGGCUGAGAUCUCAAACGAGCACAAGCCUAAAUUGCCGAUACAAUCGCAUCUAGAUGAGAAUCAAGACGAGAUUAGUUGGGUGAAAAGUCUGCACCCAGAAAGUAAAACGUAUACGGAUGUCUAUUUGAAUCAUGGACUUCUUCAUGAAAGAACGUAUUUGGCGCAUUGUAUUUGGUGCAGCAAAGGAGAGCGGGACAUUCUGCGUGACAAACAGACGGCAGUUAUUCACUGUCCCAAUUCCAAUUUUUCACUUUCUAGUGGCAUUUUAAACGUACGUCGAUUGUUGCAAAUAGGCAUCAAAGUUGGACUGGGUACGGAUGUGUCUGGGGGAUACUCACCAUCAAUGCUAGACGCAAUUCGCCAAGCCAUUAUCGCUUCCAAGCUUGUGUCUAUGGGCAAUGGUAGCUCCAGCGACGAGGUCAAUGACAUUUUACCGAAACCGCUUACAUACGCUGACGCCUUUCAUCUUGCCACCGUUGGAAGCGCAGAAGCUUUGGGUCUUAGUGAUAAAGUAGGCAACUUUAUGAUUGGUAAGUCAUUUGACGCAUUGGUUGUUGACCCAUAUGCUGCCAACAGUCCUAUCGACGAGACCCUGGACCAAGAUGAAGAUGUUGAUGUGCUUCACAUGUUUCAAAAAUUCUUGUUUCUUGGCGACGACCGCAACAUUGUCAAAGUCUUCGUCAACGGGCGUCAAGUAAAGAAUAACAAUAUAAAUUAA